CAAUCAAAUCGAAGCUUGCCUCACGUAAUGCGCCCCCCUCGUCAGCUGUACGCGCUUUUCGGCCCGAUUAACGCAGGUACCGACCUCUGACGCGGGCUGCCGACACCUUCUCGGCACACUGCGCGUCGACGGCCGACGCGUCAGGUCCUGCCGACAUGGCGGCAACGCCGCCCGACGUCACCCCCGCGAGAUCAUCGUCCCUCGCAGGAGAAAAUGGCGUUGCUGGUCAGACCUCGACCGGCACCCCCGCCUCCGCAAUGCCCGCCGACACGGCUGCACGGUGGCCUCCGGGCUGCGUGACCCCCAGGAAGAGCCCUUCCGAGGGACCGGCCUUCAGGUCGGUUAAGAAGUUGAGCCCCCUGAAGCAUGUCACGCCCAUAUUAAAAAAAUACAACGCCCAGCGCAAGGCCAAGUCGGCCAAGAAACCCCUCACCGUCGCACUCACGAAAAAGAAAAAUGCGCGCCGACGGAAAGACUCUGGGUCGUCGUGCUCAGACAUCGAUUUUAGGUUUCAAUCCAGUCCUGAAAAAGUCGAGUCUGUUUCACCUGACAAAGGGUUCCUUUCUUCUGAUGACCAGCAUUUGCGUACUCCAUCUCCCGCGUGUGCCUGUCCAGAGGAUGAGCCAAUGGAAGAAAAUGAUUUCGACGCACCCUCAUCACCUUUAGUAAAGGACAAUGCAGAGGAUCUUGCUGCGUUGAUGCACGCCAGCUCGAAUGUGAUUCCCGGCUUAAAAGGCAAGACAAACCUAGCAAAGAGAAGAAAACACAUGAAAGAAGUAGAAGCCACGCUGCAGAUCCUGAUGCAAGAAGACCCUGCGGCGGUUGACCAGAGAGAAAACCAUAUUGCAGCCGCGUACAUGCGAAGAGUGCACCAGGUGCUCUUGGCAGAGGGCGAGAAGGGCGAAGAGACUUUAAACCUCUUCUUCGAAGCUCUGCUGGACGCGGAGCCGGUACAGAAUACAGAAGCCGGAAUCCAGCAGUUGUUCAAGACUGUUAGCGAGCUGUUCAAAGGAAAAAACGAAUUGUUGGAUCCAUUCCUUAGCUUUUUGAAACCAUGCGAAGCUAAAGCCUGCGGCAAAGCCAUGGAACACAUGGAGCUCGCCAACAUGACUGAUUUUUUGAUAAAGGCUGAGGUAGCCUUUUCAAAGCAGCCACAAGUGCUCAAGAUUAUUCUUGGUCAUUUGACCACUUUGGCUGAAAAACCAGACUUGAAGGAGGAAGAGCUGAAGUCUGUGAUACUGCCUUUGCUAAAGGGCCACCCACUCUUGAAAGACUGCUUUUUGCAACUGCUGCCUGACUCAAAGCCACCUGAAAGUUUGAUGUAUAACUUCGAAGAACUUCAAUUUUUUAAUGAUAGUGCUGAGGUUAACGAUCAAGGUUAUGAGAUUUUGAAACUUCCACCUGAUGAUUCUAAAGAUUUGGCUGGAGGAGACAACUGCCCCUGUCCUUGCCACGACAACACGGAUGAUGAAAUGCUCAAGUCGAAAGCCAACCACUGCAUUUCAUGUGGCACAAAGUACAUAAACGGAAAGGUCUACAUGGUGGUCAAUAGACAAUUGAAGCCGGCAAGGUUGACCUUCCUGAAUGAAGACAUGCAGUCAGCCAUCAAGCGGCUCUCGGUGGAGCCUGCGGACAAAACCCGAACGAGGCGUAUAAGAACCAGCAACUCGUUGUCUACCGUCAAUCCGCAGGUGUCAAGCCCUCCGAAAUGUCCAGAGUCCGAAAACGAGGACUCUGAGAGCUGGAGGGUCGACUCGGACUGCUCCCCUCCGAAACGCUGUGAAUUGGUGCCACCCCAGGAACAGGAAGUGGCGGUCGAUCAGAAGCCUAUUGUGCAGAUCAAGGCAAACAUCGACCUGCUCAGCCCUGGCAGCUCUGAAAAUAGCAGGGAAAUGCUCAGCGGCCAGGAAGAAUUGAUCGUCUGUGAUGAGGAGAGUUUGGACUUCCUGGAUGACGAAGAGUCGAUGGAAGAUGAGGAGAUUCCCGAGGACGACCAGGACGAGGAUGAAUCAAGCGUCGAUGGUGGUGAAGAAAUCAACAUCAUAAUGAAGCAGGAAGAAAUUGAAGUCAAAGCCAAGAGCUGCCCUGAUAGCCCAGUACAGGAACAACUGCUUGUGCCCAUAAAGCUAGAGGAGGAAUUUUGUGAUGAAUGGACCAGAGAUGAAGAUAAAAUAAUCCUUCAAGUCAUCGAACAGAACAGCAACGCAAAUAUGAUCGAUGAGGCCAAGGAAUUACUGCCAAUGCGUUCGGAGUGUCAGAUCCGGAAACGCUUCGAGACCCUCAUGAAAUUAUUAACUAAAAUGUCCAGUGAGGCCAGUGGAGAAUGAUAGAUCAACGAAUAAAAUUAUGCAAUCAAAUAAAG